ACUGUUCUCCAAUUGUUAAUCACAGUAGGUAAUCUUACUAAAGUACCGACUCUUUCAUCCAAUCAAGAGACCAAGAAAAAGAAAAAGAAAAAGAAAAAUUCUAAUUACUACAGUAUUAUGAUUAUUGUAAACUUUUGUAUAUGCAUGCAUAUUGUUCACACUCACUCAACUUCCUAUGCCGACAAGUUACUGAGGUUUGAGAAAUGGGUGAGUUAUCUUCCCAUGCUGAAUGAGUAAGAUAAGGAUUUGUUUUGUCAGUAGAUCCAUUUCUAGUUAUGGAGUCACUAUCUCAAUUUGUGAAACUAUUUCAUGUUCAAACUCGAAGAUGGCUUUUUGUGGUGGGGCUGUUAGCUGUUACUCAUCUAUUAUUUCAGUCCCUGUUGCUUCCAUAUGGGAAAGCUCUUCAGUCUCUGUUGCCUGAUGCUGAGCUUCCAAUACAUGAUGAAAGUAGCCAGCCUACUUUGAAAACUUUGACAAAAUCUGCAAUGGUUCGCAACCCUCUUACAGUCAAUGCUUCAGACGAGACUAAUGAUUCUGUGUUCAGAGAGUUUGUGGAAGAUGGUGACAAUUAUAAUCUUGAUAGAGAAAUUGGGCAUGAUAGUGGGCUAAAAGGAAUAGUCAGAGACUUAAAUGAUGGUUUUGUAUUUGAGGGGAAUGGCCAGGAUAGUUCUAUUGAACUUGUUACUGAUAGAGAAGUGGAUGAUGAGGAUGUUGAAGAUCUUAUUGGUAGUUCUGCACUGGAUAGUGCUAAGAAUAGAGAAAAUAGUUCAAUACUGGAAUUAGCCAGUGAAGCCAGACAUGGUCUCCCACUAGAGCAGAUUGUGAAGCUAAACAGGGAAGUUUCAACAGCAAAUACUCAAGAGCAACAUACAAGUCAGACGGCUAAAAAUUUGGAAGGUCCUAAAACUGUCUCAACUACAUUAACUCCAUUUGAAAACAUCACUUUUUUGAUAACAAAGGUGUCAAAUGCAAGUUCUUUUGUUAGUUCUGUUGUUCCGCCGAGUAAUCCUGUGACUUCAAAAAAUGUUUCUGCAUUGACUGGUUCUCCUGGGAAGAAGAAGAUGAGGUGUCUAUUGCCACCAAAAACAGUAACAUCAGUAAAUGAGAUGGACCAUAUACUGAUGCAGCGUCGUCGGUCUUCGCGAGCAAUGAGACCACGAUGGUCCUCCAUACGUGACCAGGAAGUUUUGGCUGCAAGGGCGGAGAUUGAGAAGGCUCCUAUUGCAGUGAAUGAUCGAGAACUUUAUGCUCCCCUCUUUCGUAAUGUUUCCAGGUUUAAAAGGAGCUAUGAACUCAUGGAUCGCACACUCAAAGUCUAUGUCUAUAGGGAUGGGAACAAACCCAUCUUUCAUCAACCUAUACUCAAAGGAUUAUAUGCUUCGGAGGGAUGGUUUAUGAAAUUGAUGGAGGGAAACAAACAUUUUGUUGUGAAGGACCCACAAAAGGCUCACCUGUUUUAUAUGCCAUUUAGUUCAAGGAUGCUGGAGUACACCCUUUAUGUUCGCAACUCUCACAACCGGACAAACCUACGCCAAUACUUGAAGGAUUACAGUGAAAAAAUAGCAGCAAAAUAUCCUUACUGGAAUAGAACUGGUGGAGCAGAUCAUUUACUUGUUGCCUGCCAUGAUUGGGCUCCAUAUGAAACGAGACACCACAUGGAACAUUGCAUCAAAGCACUUUGCAAUGCAGAUGUCACAGCAGGCUUUAAGAUAGGAAGGGAUGUGUCUCUUCCAGAAACAUAUGUCCGCGCAGCAAGAAACCCUCUUAGAGAUCUUGGGGGAAAACCACCUUCACGCCGGCGCAAUCUUGCCUUCUAUGCUGGUAAUAUGCAUGGAUAUUUACGUCCAAUAUUACUGAAACACUGGAAAGACAAAGACCCAGACAUGAAGAUCUUUGGUCCAAUGCCUCCUGGAGUUGCUAGCAAAAUGAAUUACAUUCAACACAUGAAGAGCAGCAAGUACUGUAUAUGCCCUAAGGGUUAUGAGGUCAACAGCCCUCGCGUAGUUGAGGCCAUCUUUUAUGAGUGUGUACCUGUAAUAGUAUCAGACAAUUUUGUGCCACCAUUUUUUGAGGUCUUGGACUGGGGAGCGUUCUCAGUUAUAAUAGCAGAGAGUGAAAUUCCCAACUUGAAAAAUAUUUUGCUUUCAAUAUCAAAAGAGAAGUAUCUUCAGAUGCAACUGGCGGUGAGGAAGGUUCAGCGACAUUUCCUCUGGCAUGCUAAGCCUGAGAAGUAUGAUCUCUUCCACAUGACCCUUCAUUCAAUUUGGUACAAUAGAGUCUAUCAGAUAAAACCUAGAUAACAAGGUUAAAUUCUCAAGAAAGUGGAAAAGAUGAGAUAUAGAAAGCAAUUCUGGUUGGAGCCUUAUAAUAUUUCUUCCUACAAGCUACAGAAAGCUUCUGGUUGAAUUUAGAAUGAGCAUGUACUCGUAUAUGUAGUUAAAACUUUUUCAAAGACUACCAAUGUAAAUGUAUGCUGUUAUGCCAUUUUCCUUUUAUAAAUGUAUUUGUUAAAAGAACAAAAUUUUCUUCCAUUGAGUAACACAACCAA